AUGUUAACUGAUCUACCCCUAGAGUUGCUCUUUCACAUUGCCCAUCUGCUGGAUUCGCCCCAUGCCCUCAAUGCGCUAGUCCAAACCAAUCAUCGGCUUUACGACAGUCUCAACCCGACACUCUUUCGAGUACAUGUACGGCAGCACUCUCCCAGGCCCCCUGAGGCGCUAUGGUGGGCUGCGGAAAAUGGCCGUCUGCCGACCAUUCAUCAACUAUUGGCGGCAGGGGCGUCUCUCCCCAGCCCACCAGUGGUCAAAGAUACCUCAUCUCAAGGACCAACGGACUCGGAGGAUGAGGACUCCUCUGAGGAAGAAGAAAAUCGCUGCCAUCCGAUCUUUCUUGCCCCCCAAGCGGGCCAUGGCGAGGUCGUCGACUUUUUCCUCUCUCAAGGCGUCUCACCAGACAUCAAAGAUAGAUCCGGUAGCACCCUGCUCUGCGCCGCCGUCCGCGAGCAGCAGUUCGAUAUAGCCGAGUCACUACUGCAACGAGGGGCGAACCCAUGGCAGCCCCAUGAUACUCAAGUCUGCGCUAUGGGCUGGGCAGUGACCAAAGAUACAGCAGGAACAAGAAACGAGCCAAGAUUUGUCCCGCUCCUCCUGCACUACGGAGAAAAACACCAGGCAAUCGAUCCGAGCCUGAAAGCGGUCGUGCUUCAAGAGGGACUGCUGAAAGCCUUUGCUCAGUCAGGAACCGAGCAUAUUGCACGGAUGUUGUUAGCGGCCGGGGCGGACCCAAACUAUCUCGGCCCCAAGGCGCGGGUGACUCCUCUGGCUCAAGCUGCAGGCAUGAGAAACUUCGCCAUGGUCAAGCUUCUCGUCGAAGAGGCCGGUGGGGAUCUCAACCUUCUCAAUGACCGGCAAGAGGGGCCGUUAUCAGAAGCGGCUGUACGUACGCAUUGCUUUUGGUGGAAAUGGGAUGAUGGCACAUCUCACUAUGGCUUUAUGAGGGCGCGCUCGCAGUCGCCAGCAUGGAAAGUCCAGGUAGACGCUGAGACCAUGGCCGAAAUGGUGGCCAUGACAGCUUUUCUUCUGGACCUCGGGGCGGAUAUUCGCCGGGGCGGAGGGGAUCUGGCAUUGGCGAAUGCAAUCAAGUCUCACAACGCAGAACUGGCCCAGUUCCUGCAGGUACGAGGGGCCCGUGUUCAAGCGUUGAAUGACUCGGAUCAGCCGGCUCUCGAGCUUGCGAUUCUGAACGGCGAACUUCCGAAGGCAGCAGACUUGUCCCUGGAAUCUGGGGUCUACUUCAGAGUAACUGGUUAG